ACAACUCUAGAUCCCAGACUAAGAAAAGGAAUCAUAUGCAUUACAAUUCAAUUUCUCAAGACGAGAAAAUACACUAUAUAUAUAGAGAAUAUCAGGGCCGCUUGGAACAAUAUGAAUUAGUGGAAUAUCUGCAUCUGGAGAGAAUUUUUAAAUGAAAUAUGAGUCUUUCAUCGUGGCAGUCCCCUGAUAAUAAAAUAUUAAAGACAGUAGUAUCUGAAGGAGUGCAAAAAUGUAAACCUACGGAAGGUAGCAAGUGCAAACUGCGGAUUACCAAUAGUACAAGUCUCGAAAGUUUAGACCAUUUUUCCAAUCUUGUAAUUGGCGAUGUUGACGGAGAUUUGGGGAGACAACUUGAAAUUUGUGUUACUAAUAUGUUUGAAAAGGAAAAAUCAAAUUUUGUUGUUACAACAGAUAAUUAUGUAGUAACCCUAACGUUGGAAUUGCUGGAGAUGGAGUUUGCAGGUUUUUUGUAUGAAUGGGACGCAAGAAAAAAAUAUAGCUAUGCUGAAUUUCAAAACCAAAGAGGAAAAAAUCACUUCAAAAAUGGAAAUUUAAAAGAGGCAGGUUUCCGUUUCAAUAAAGGAUUAAAAAUUAUUUGUUCUAUUCCUAUCGAUGUUCAAGAUCCACCAGAGACUAUUGAUACAGUUUCCAUUAAGGAAAUAGAUCAAUUAAAAGCAACCUUGUAUAAUAAUUUAGCUGCAUGUUUCUUCCAGAAAGAAGAAUGGCCCAUGGUAAUAAGUUUUUGUGAUAGGGUUUUUCUUUAUGAUGAAAAUAAUGUGAAAGCAUCUUAUAGAGCUGCGGUCUCUUAUAUUAAAGAUUUGAAUUUCGAGAAAGCAGAUAAUUACCUGAAAAAAGUCCUUGAAAAAGAACCAACUAAUAAAUCUGCCCUUGAGCAUCAUAAAUUUGUGAAGAUUAAGUUGAGAGAAGCUAAAGAAAAGUCUGAUAAUAUUUCAAAGAAAAUGAUUCGUGAUAUUUUGAAAAAUGACUAAAAAUUUAAUGAGAUUAAAAAUUUCUUAGUUUGGCAUUUAUAAAUAAUCUUUGCGUAUUUUGUAUCAAACUUCCAUUCUAUUGAUAUUCAUACAGAUGUUUUUAUGCUGAAUAUAUAGUAUCAUAUAAUGAACUGUAUUUCAAAUAGCUUCUCAAGUAUUACUAUUAUGAAUUCUCAAUUUCGAAUGCAAAAUAUCAUCUAAUAUUCAGUUGUAUCUUGUAUCAACUUGGUUUACUGUCUAUUUUGAAAUAAAUCAUGUUCAUAGCUGA